AUGGCGAACAUCCCCUUGCCGUAUAUCAUUUUCUUCCUCUGGAUCGAACCUGUUGCGACACUAGCCGGGGCAUACUUUGCCUGGCUGCAGCCAGCGACCUAUCUCGAGCUGACUGACUCCGCCUCUGCGCCUGGGAUUCUCGGUCUACCCACGGCAACCCAUGUCGCACUUCGACAACUCGGUAAUCUAUAUGUCGCAUUUGCCAUCAACGAGGCCUUUGUGUUGCGCGCGACAAACGACCUGAAAGUCUGGCGCGCACUAUUGAUAGGCCUGCUUAUCGCAGAUUUCGGCCACUUGUACAGCUGUUUUCCCCUCGGGAUCAAAACAUACUAUGACGUCGCUAACUGGAAUUCCAUGGCCUACGGCAACUACCUGUUUGUCUAUUGCGGGGCAGCAACGAGGAUUUGCUUUCUCUUGGGUGUUGGUAUGGGCGGGCCAAAGCGAGCGAAGAGCAAGGUCAAGAAGUCUGUCAGGCUGGCUCUUGAAGAGGCCCCUCCCGUCACGCCUACGCAGAUGAACAAGACCCCUGCUCAGAGCACGAGGAGGAAGAAGAACAAGUCUUGA